AUGAUCUACAUGUGUAAGAAGUUUUUGAUAUGUUUACUUGUAGUGACGCUCCUGUACACAGUUUAUGGACACUCACAUUCUCACUCGCACAACGAUGAACCUCCAGCAUUUAAAUACAGCAAACAGGCAAAUGAAAAGCCAGAAAUCAAGAAAAACAUUCCUCAGGAGUCCAACUAUGACUUAUAUGUGAGAGCUUUAAGUUCUACCGUAUUUAUCAGUAUUGUACCCUUCUUCAUUUUGUUCUUUAUACCGAUUGACGGUACUGUGGAAAAACAACCGCUAUUGAAAAUAUUGUUAUCUUUCGCUUCUGGUGGUCUAUUAGGAGAUGCCUUUUUACAUCUUAUCCCACACGCUCUCAUGCCUGCUCAUGGGGCAGAGGGACAUAGCCAUAGUCACAGCCACAGCCACUCCCAUGAAGAUCAACACGAACCCCAUGAUAUUACUGUUGGGUUGGGUGUCCUAGGAGGCAUUAUUGCUUUUUUGGUUGUGGAAAAAGCUGUUCGCUUAUGUGAUGGAGGACACGGUCACUCUCAUGGACCAGAGAAAAAGAAAUCUGAUACUAACAAUAAGAAGUCACAGAAGAACAAAAAGGAAGAAAUAAAAAUAGCCGGAUAUCUUAAUCUUGCUGCCGACUUUACUCAUAACUUCACUGAUGGCCUGGCAAUCGGAGCUGCUUAUAUCGCUGGACAAAGCAUUGGAAUCAUUACAACUAUUACUAUUCUGCUGCAUGAAAUUCCUCAUGAAAUUGGUGAUUUUGCUAUCCUUGUGCAAUCAGGAUGUUCAAGAAGGAAGGCGAUGAUGCUACAACUACUGACAGCAUUUGGAGCUAUUUCUGGAACCGUUUUGUCAAUAUAUCUACAAGGGUCGGGAGAUGGCCUAGUCUCUUCACUCAUCCUUCCAUUUACGGCCGGCGGCUUCAUAUACAUAGCCACUGUAUCAGUGAUACCAGAACUCUUAGAAGGAUCUAACAAACUGUCUCAGUCUAUCAAAGAAAUACUCGCACUGUUAGCUGGAGUAUACAUGAUGGUUAUAAUAGCACAAUAUGAAUAA